UGUUCAGCAGGCGCCAGUGGGCCAGCAGACCUAGGCGCGAUUUCAUAAAGCGCUCGGAGAUUAUCGCUGGAGUCGCACAUCUCUCUCAAACCCGGCGGCUGUGUGCAGAGAGCGAAGAUGCGUCCAACACUCGCUACCACUGCCACGAGCUUUCUCGUCGCGUUGUUGGUCUUCGGCAGUCACUCGCAGGGGCCGACGGGAUGCCUGGCCGAGACGCGCGAGGCGUGGAGCUACGUCAAGGUGCGCGAGCACGCGUACAUGUUCUGGUGGCUCAUGUUCGCCGACCAGCCCGACUACCAGGCGGCGCCACUCAUCAUCUGGCUACAGGGCGGUCCCGGCGCCUCGUCGACAGGAUUCGGCAACUUCGCCGAGAUCGGCCCCCAGGACGUCCAGCUGCUGCCCAGAAAUCACAGUUGGGUGCGUUUCGCCAACCUGCUCUUCGUGGACAAUCCGGUUGGCGCAGGCUACAGCUUCGUCACCAACGAGACAGGGUUCGCGGUCAACAACUCGCAGAUCGCCGCCGAUCUGGUCACCAUGAUCUCCGUGUUCCUCGCCAAGAUGCCCGAGUUCCAGACCGUGCCGCUGUACAUCUUCAGCGAGUCUUACGGCGGCAAGAUGGCCGCCGAAUUCGCCCUCGCUCUCUACAAGGCACACGCCAGUGGGAAGGUUUCGUGCAAGCUCUCUGGUGUCGCGCUCGGUGACGGUUGGCUGUCGCCGUUGGAUUCCACGUCAACGUGGGGACAGUACCUCUACACUAUGUCGUUCCUGGACAAGUCCAACCUUCUGACGCUGAACAAGGUGGUGAGCGAGGUACGCCAGGCGCUGAUCGCCAAGGACGGGGCCAAGGCGACGGCGAUGUGGGCCUCGGCCGAGGACCUCGUCGAACAGCUGACGAAUGGCAUCGACUGGUACAACAUCCUGCAGCCCCACCCGGAACAGUCGUCCUCUCUGUUGGCCUCUCUGCCUUUACCGUCAGACAACCAGCUCGGCCGAGCCUUCGUCCGUCACGUGGCGCACUUCUACAACGUCUUCAACGGCACUCUGACGGAGCUCAUGAACGGACCAAUCAAGGAGAAGCUAGGCAGCAUCCCCAAGAACGUCACCUGGGGAGGUCAGUCCGGUGCAGUCUUCCAGGCUCUGAAAGCAGACUUCAUGCUGCCUGCUGUUGACACGGUGGACAGGUUGCUGAACGAGACAGACAUCAAAGUGGCCGUCUACAGCGGGCAGCUGGACCUUAUUGUUGACGCCCUGGGAACGCUGCAGUGGAUGGAGCAGCUCAAGUGGGCAGGCAUGAAGGACUUCCAGGCAGCGGCCAAGGCGCCUAUGGUAGUUGAAGGCGAGACUGCAGGCUACUACAAGUCUUUCAAGAACCUCACCCUCUACUGGGUUCUCAAGGCCGGACAUAUGGUUCCAGCCGAUGCACCGCUGGCGGCACUGUCAAUGGCUCGCCACAUCACCAUGGGGAAGUGGUGACAAUGAAAGGAAGAAGCUGCGGGCAUUGCAAGCACAGUCUCACUGCUGUCCUUCCAUCGUCAUCGCCCUCUACGAAGGAAGACCAUCACACGAGAAGGAAAACUGAAGCCAUUUUUUAUUGUCGCCAUUUCUGUGCAUCGUCUAACCCGCGGGCACCCCACAGCUCGCCUAGCACACACAACAUGCAAACACAGUCGGUGGGGGCACAAGGUUGCAGUGGCUCGUGCCUUUGCGCCACUCGGCAACACACAUGACCGCAUAAAGACAAGUCUUGAGACGACGACACCGCAGAUACUCCGGCCUCCGUCUUGUGGAUGCAUCUCUUCAAUAAUGGUGGCCACGUGUUUCGACGCCACUGAAGGAAGGCUGUUGUUGCAUAGGCACACACAGAAACAUGCACACUGCAACAGAUCUUGGCAGUGACAAAAGACGAAAAGGGAAAGGCUAGGAAACAGGAGGCUUUUGUUAUGCCAAAGGUGCUGCCAGAAAUAGGUGUGAUAAUAAAAAUAGUGCUAGAAGUAAAGAACGCAGAGGGAGGGUGGCGGGCUGGUGACAGAUGACCAGUUUUAAGCGCAAGAUGUCGAACCUAGCGAAAAAACAAAUCUCCAACAGAAAUAGAUUUAACUUUCGGCUAACAUUGUUGGCACUAAUACAGCUGGAACACACUGGCCCAGAAAUUUUGAAAUACCAGAACUGCAGAAAAAAAGUGUUUCUGAAGUAUUACAAUAGACCGAUCUCACAAUUGCCACACAGUCACAUGCUUUGGGUUUGUGGGCACCACAAUGCUAUGCUCAGUCCAUGAAAAGAAGUUUGCACCCUUUGGGGCUUGUCCCGCAACAAUUGUCAUCUAUAUCGCGCCUUUCUUUAAACACAGUGCCCCCAGUACUUCCAUAUAACGAAUGGCAUGUGUGUUAUCAGCGUGACAAAGCAUUAUCGACAGGAAAGUACUGAGUGCGGUUUUUAAGAAAGAAAAUGCAAGCAAGAUGAUGAUUACUCUUGUGGGACAAGGUAAGCCCCAAAUGGUGCAACUUUUUUAAGUAGCAGUCCCUGUUGUUUAAUUUUUUCUUUUUUUCUGCUAGGCUUUUCUUGGAGACAACCUUGAGUGCAGUACCAGGGCUCCCCACUCUGGCCAUUCAGCCAGGGGAUUAUCUUGAUUAAUGUUUUGGCGUGUGUGACAAUUUUUGUGUUGUGUAAGACAAAAAAAAAUGUGAAUGGGGAAGACACCAUUAAACGGAUUUUUCCUCUGUCUAGCAAUCAUUAACCUCAAUAAAGAUUGACAGCAGUAGUUUACGGAACCUGCUGCGA